ACAUAAUUAACGUGAAAUGUCACAAUAAAUAACCGAUAUGCGGUUUGGUUCCGCAUCGUGAUUUAUCGAUUAAACUAUUACAACAAAAAACAGACUGAAAUUAGGCCCACAUAGGAUGCAGACGGAUUUAAAUUAGAAAAUAUUUUUUUUAAUCCAUAAUGUACGAGUGAAGUCAUUAAAAAUUUUACACUGAGUCAGUAACGGGUAUAAACAAUGGAACGCCCGAGUGUAUUCAUUGUAGCAAUAAUUUUACUGUAUGUUAAAUGUAUAACUUGUGAUCGUGGAGACUAUAUAGGUUGCUACAAGUUCAAAGAAGAUGUGUUAAAUACUCAUACAGGUCAGUCUGUAGAUGUUUGCUUGUCAGCUUGCGAGCAAGUGUAUUACAAAUACGCUCUAAUUGGAAACGAAUCCACUUGUUUCUGUGCUAAUGAUCCCGGCCAGUUCGUACUGGGUCCGGAGUCUUGUGACACGCCGUGUCCGAAGAACGAAACACAAAAAUGUGGUGGAGAAAAUGCAGCUAGCGUGUACGAUACGGAAGUAACAGCGCCAGGCCCGCCGAUGUCGAUAGAUAUUCUUAACAUAACUGAAACAACUGUGAGGGUGCAAUGGACAGCUCCGCAAGCGUUUACACGUAUCACAGGGUACAUAAUUACAGCAACUAUUAUAAAGACUUAUGCAGAUUUUGUUAUAUUACCCUUGGAAUGGAGAGUUUCUAAUAUAACAUAUCAAUCAGAACUACCAAAUCUCCAGCCGGGUUCUGCAUACAGCAUAAGUGUUGCAGCUGAAAAUUUUGAAGAAGCAGGUGCAAAUAUAACAUUGCAAGCUGAAACAAUUAUUGGAACACCCAACCCAAGCCCACCUGAUAUUAUCAUGUUAGAAAGAAAGGGGGCACAAAUGUUGGUACACAUUCCGGAAGCUAAAAAUGUCAAUGGACCGGUAUCAAUGUACAGAAUAGUUGUAUCAAUUGAAUUAUAUCAGCAAGGAUUCAUCACAGAAAACUUAAGCAAUUUUUCAUAUGCUAGUGAACAAGGUCUGCCAUAUUAUAUAACAGCAGAGUUAGAUCCAGAAGAUAUUAAAAAUAAUUUUAUUAUUGGUGAUAAGACCACAUAUAAUGGAUUUUACAAUGCACCACUACCAUUAACAAAUGAUAUUGAGGUUUCUCUCGGUGUAGUAAGUGUCAAAAAUCAUGUUAAGAAAAUUAGAUAUGCGGAGUCAACUAAGAAAAUAAUACUGAAUAUAAAUGAGCCAGAAGAAAUGUCACCCAUGGUUGUUGCCCUGGGUGCAGCCAUUGCUAUAGGUAUAGUGUUGCUCUUGAUAGGCAUUGGGUUCCUUAUUAUUUUGCGUAAGAGAAUCCAUAUGGUGCGUAUGCAGCGUGGCUCACAGUCCAUGCCUUUGAGUCUCAGUGAACCAUGCUUGGAAAUUGAAAAUUCUGGCUUUUUGCAGGAUGAGGAUGAAAGAGUGGAUUACUAUGGUAAUUUAAAACGUAAAUUGUGGAAUAUUCCACGAAAUUUAAUUGACAUAGAUAUAUCUUGUGUAGUUGGUUUAGGGAGCUACGGGAAAUUUACAAAAGGGAAAGUACAGCAGCAUGGUGCUCAAACUUCUGGGCUUGUGCAGGUCAUAUUGGACAGAGAACUAGAGAAAUCAGACAAGAAAUUAAUGCUACAAGAAUUAGAUUUAUUAAUCAAGUCCAGUGAACAUGACAACAUAACAUCUUUGAUUGGUAUUUGUGAAACAAAUACAACACUCUUUGUAGUUCUACAAGAUACAAAAACAACUCUAAAGGAAAUGCUUUUACAAAGUAGACAUAGAGAUCUGCAAAACAAUAAGUUUUGCCUAAUUUCUGAAAAUAAGGCUCUGCAGGUCUGCCUCAACAUAGCUUGUGGUAUGGAGUAUUUGCAAAGUAAAAAAAUUGGACAUAAAAAGUUAAGUUGCCGUAAUAUUGUUAUUGGAGACAAUGGUGUUGCUAAAGUAGCAGGGUUUGGACUAUCUCACAUUCGUCCUCUUCAUGAAACACCAGAUUAUACUCGAUGGACUUCACAUGAAAUGCUCAGACAGACUAGAUUUAAUCCUAAAGCCGAUGUCUGGUCAUUUGGCAUUCUUAUAUGGGAAGUUUUUACCAUAGGAGCUACACCAUAUGCUCACACAGGUAGCAAAGAUGUUGCAGCUAGAGUCUUGAGAGGAAUGAGACCCUCCCAGCCAACAUAUGUUGGUGAUGAACUCUUCCAAUUGUGUUUACAGUGCUGGCAAGUUGAUCCUGACGAAAGACCCAGUUUUUCAUCUCUUUUAAAUGAAUUAACCCCAUUUGCAGAAGGCCCUGGCACUAGAUGCCUAAGUUUCACACACUAUAAUGGAUUUAACUACGAACCUCAUGUGCCACAAUAUGAAAUUAUAUCAUAGUAUUCUCAAUAAUACUGACUAUACCAUUGUACUAAAAGUAAAGCAGAAGUCUUAAACACAAAUUAGUAUAUAUGUAUAUAUUUUUUUUUUCAUGAUCAUUGUUCAUCAUAUCAUAAUGGUAUAGUCAUUGCUACAGAUAUGCUUUUAUAAUAUAAGUUUAAAUUAAAAUCCAAAGAUCUGCUUCUGAUUAUAAAAGCCACAAUUAGACUUAACAUACAAUUUGACUGUUUCUUUUCAAUGUAACAUGUUACUAAUCUUAUACUUCAAACUUGUGUUAUAAGAAAGCCUAAAAUCAAUAACUAAUGUACUCCAAAUAUAAUCGACAUAUUGCUCAUGUAUCCUCUGCAAUACAAUUUACAUGAGACCAUUCAUUAUUUUAUACAGGUAAAAGACUGCUCAACAAUUCCACAUCUUUUGAAAAUUCACCCUGCAGUCAGUCUGGACAUUCACUGUUUUCUUCCGCUGUGUUAAUAAGUGAAUCAAUUUAUAUCCUUUUAAUACUCAAUAGGGAAAGUAUGAUCUGGUCCAUUUCCAUUACGAGAGAUUUUGGAAUUUAGUGCAGCGGGAAUUUCUCUCAAUUAGUUUACAUUGGUUUGUUUAAAUCAUGUCCAAAUGUCCUUGUGACAAGCUCAUUGUCAGUUUUAGAAAUCAGAGCAGUUUUCCUUUUGUUCUCCCAUGAUUAAAUGUCAUCAUAAAGAGAAUCUGUCAUGUUACCUUAUAUUCUAAAUGAUCUGAUGUAGUUUGAUAUAUUUUUUAUUUUAUCUUUGUUGAAUACUUUAAUAAGUUAUUAAUUAAAAUGUUAUCAUUAUCAAUGUUUGUAAACAAAGCCAUACAUAUUGGCAUUGCCAGCUUACAGCAUACAGUUCAUUGGUGUGUGUUGCCACCGUUCCAGAUUGCUCGCCAAGGGUCAUAUAAUAAGGGUAUAUCAAAGGUUUUUUUGCUUACAUUCACGCGAGUCUUGGCCAUCAUGUAUAUCUUAACCUUGUAUAGAGAUCAUCAUGUUAUCUUCAUUCGCUUCACCUCUUAUUUGAUUUAAUAAUAAACAGUCUUUCACAAUGACAGCAACACACCCAUACUCAGGGAUUAGAUGUUAUAUUCCUAGAUCUCAAUCUUAGUUUCAAAAUAGACACGAUUUAAUCCCGCCUUAUAUACAGGAUAAAUGAUUAAAUACUUCACUAUAUAACAAGUUUAAUUUUAAAAAAGGAACAUAUUGUAUAAAGGGAUUGCGGGAUCAUUACAAAUUGCAAAUAAAAACACGUUACCACUUCUUCACGCACUCUAAUGAGCAAGUUUUAUUUCGUAUUAAUUUGUUUUAAAUUAACUUAACUUAAUUUUAUAGUAUUACUUAAUCAUCGCCUAAUAUAACAUUCGAUUGUAUGCAUUUCUAUAAAUUGUAAUAAAAAUAACAAAUACAAAGACUUUAAACAAGCUUUAGUGAAUUAAGAAAACAAAAGUCUUACGAGUUUUGUUCUUUAAUAUGUUACAGGCAGUUUCAAAAAUGAAAAAAAAAAUUUGAUUAACGAAUAUGACAACACACUGGACGCUCAUUGGUCGCCUAUUCUGUCAUCGGAUGCGAUCGACCAACGAGUAUUCAGAUUAUAGUUACAAGAAGUUAUUCUAAUAUUGAUCAGUGACAAAAUCUGAAGGUUAUUCAGAAAUUUGUUUCGAUAUUUGUGUGUAAGAUUUAAUGUUUAAUGCAAGGACUAUCCAUGUACUUAACUUUGCCGAUUGAAAUAGUUUUAAUUGUAUUAUAUAAUUUGAAUUUUCAAUACAUUACAUGUUAAAUAUAACAUUAUGAUAUGCACAUAAGAGUGCAUUUACUUAAUAUUUAUUUGAUAUAUUUUAUUGUAAAAAUGACUUCUGAUUCUGUGUGAAUAACCAUUCCAUAUUUACUUAGUACUUAAGAAUUCGUAAUAUUUUUUUAUUUGUUCUACUUAUGUUAACACCUCAAUGUUGUCAUUCCGUCCAUGUAUUUUUAUGUGAAUCUCAGUUAUGAAAUGAUUUAGCUUUUACACACCGAGAACUAAUAAAUAUUUAUAGAUAG